GCUCUUCACAACCUGGUAAGCUCUAUGCAGAUAUUAAAAGGAGAAGAAGAAAUCCUGUGAGGAGGCUACAAUGACUGGAGAGGGCAUCUUUCAGGGUGCGGUGCCCGUAGCUCCAAUGUUGGGAGUGAGACUCAAGCCCUCCAGGACGCUUUCAAAUUUAAGAUUCUCUGACAGUGACAAGGCUACGGGAGGAAGCACUUGCAGGUAGUGUCUGUUCCCGGGAUUUCUGCUUCUCAGUUUGCAUCUCUGUGGUAGAUCCGAGGAGCAGGGGCAAUGCCUCCAGUUUUGGUUCUUAGCCCCACUGUCCUAGGGGAGCCUCUGAGCUUGGGGAGAGGGGAGGGCAAUGUGUGGGGCUGGAGCCCUCUAGUGGUCAGUCUUAGCACUGCAUCCAGCUGCCUCAGGUGGAUUAGGUGACAGGAGGAUGGUGAAGGGGCAAAGGCAGAAUCUGUGCCCAGAAACCCCAUAAUCUCUUGCUAUUGGUGGCCCCUUUUCGCAACACACACAUUCUCUCUGAUGGAUGGAGGGGAGUAGUGCAGGAAGGGGGAAUGGAGCAGUAGAGAGCGAGGAAGCGUCAGCAUAGCUCCAUCCAUCCUGACACAGCCUCUCUUUGGGGGACCAGCUUGGGCCCUCCUCACCCUGAUGGACAACACACAAUGACACCCUGCCAGCGCACACCUGGACUCAGGUUACUUCCUUCUACCACCUCUCCCUUAAAAAGAGAACAGAUUGGGUGGUGUCUCACACAGAUGGACCCUGCAUGUACAACCCUCAGGGCUGGUGACAGGGGCGAGGGGAAGAUGACAAGCCUGGGGUACAUGACCCCAGAGGAGGAGCGGGGACAGGAUGAGUGGGAGGAGGUUCUAAAUUAUCCAUUAGCACAGGCCGGUCAGCGGCCCAUGCAUAAAUGUAUAGAAAAUAAGUGGGGGCAGAGGGAGAGAGAGGAGGCCGGGGCAUAAAAAGGGCCCACCAGGGACCAAUUCCAGGAUCCCAGGGCCUCGCUCCCCAAACCGCUCAGGGUCCUGUGGACAGCUCACCAGCUGUGAUGGCUGCAGGCCCUCGGACCUCCGUGCUCCUGGCUUUCACCCUGCUCUGCCUGCCCUGGCCUCAGGAGGCGGGUGCCUUCCCAGCCAUGCCUCUGUCCAGCCUGUUUGCCAACGCUGUGCUCCGCGCCCAGCACCUGCACCAGCUGGCUGCUGACACCUACAAAGAGUUUGAGCGCACCUACAUCCCGGAGGGACAGAGAUACUCCAUUCAGAACGCCCAGGCUGCCUUCUGUUUCUCGGAGACCAUCCCGGCCCCCACAGGCAAGGACGAGGCCCAGCAGAGAUCGGACGUGGAGCUGCUCCGCUUCUCGCUGCUGCUCAUCCAGUCUUGGCUUGGGCCUGUGCAGUUCCUCAGCAGGGUCUUCACCAACAGCCUGGUGUUUGGCACCUCGGACCGCGUCUAUGAGAAGCUGAAGGACCUAGAGGAAGGCAUCCAGGCCCUGAUGCGGGAGCUGGAAGACGGCAGCCCCCGGGCUGGGCAGAUCCUCAGGCAAACCUACGACAAAUUUGACACAAACUUGCGCAGUGAUGACGCGCUUCUCAAGAACUACGGGCUGCUCUCCUGCUUCAAGAAGGACCUGCACAAGGCUGAGACCUACCUGCGGGUCAUGAAGUGUCGCCGCUUUGUGGAGAGCAGCUGUGCCUUCUAGUUGCUGGGCAAUCUGUUACCCCUCCCCAGCGCCUCCCCUGACCCUGGAAAGUGCCACUCCAGUGCCCACCACCCUUUCCUAAUAAAAUGAGGUUGCAUCAUA